AUGCGUGUACCUCACAUCGUGCUAGUCACUGCGGUGUAUCUUCUUUCAAGUUGCAACGCUCAGUUGCCAGCUGAGGUCAUUUCCAAGCUUCCAUCUCACCAGGUCGAUGCUGUCGCUAGCGAUGUGAAUCGAAUGCUGAGGUCCCACAAGCCAAUCGAUAACGGGAACUCGGAGGGUGAAGAACGGGCCAAACUCGACAACUCGGUCUCAGACUUGGUGGACGAUGCAGCUCUCGGUGCUGCGAAGCUUACCAAGUCCAAGUCGUUCUCAUCUAUGACUGUAGACGAAGAAAUUGCGGCGCUGCGGACUUUCACAAGUGGAUGA